UUCUAUUCGAAUACGGCACCCCCACUAGAAAGACCGCACUGGUUAAGCUAUCGUCGUCAGCGCAACCACUAGCAGGCUCUGACGUACUCUGACUCUCACUCGAAUCCAACUCGCCCUCGUUUAGAGUUCUCCGAUUGCUAUCACAUUUGCCGGUAUAGUCGAUACGCGAAUCUACGGACUGCCAGCACGCGCAACGCAAUGUCGUCCUCUAUCAAUCGAGUAUUUUGUUACAUAAUACGCAUAAACAAGAUUUUAAUUGUUUAUUCGCUUUUUUUUCGGUUUAUAACUUUCCGGAUCUUGCUGUAUUAGACAGUCUAACUUCUUUUCUGCUUGAUAUGUAGACAGCAUCUAGCUUAAUGAUCAAUCUCUUAAAUUAUCUCGCAAUUACUAAAUAUUCAUCUCGCCGCGCUUGCACGACUCCGCAAGAUUUUGUCAAUUUCAACCCUUGUCAAACCAGUAAAAGUUACAGUUACCGCAGUUCCUCCAGAGAAUCACCACAUAUUAGAUAUUCCUCCAGAGAAUCGCCACAUAUUAGAUGACCAUGAAGAUCAAAUAUCCAGUAGUGAUGAGGGAAUAAAUGUACAAAUUGCUUCUGAAGAAGAAAACCAAUCAUGUGUAAGUUAUAGUGUUCUCAAAGUAUCUCUCAUAUCAGCCAACAUGGCGGGUGUCCUAGCUAUUUCAACUGUCAUAAACAAACGAAAGCGAUAACAAUUAUUUGUAUUAUCUCCGAUGCAUCCGAGCUGCUUAGCGCAGAAAGAAAAAAAUUAUUGGAAAGUGAGUAACAACUUAAUGUUUGCCCAGAACAUAACUACAAGGACAUAACCUCAAAAAUUGAGAACGACAGCAUAAGAGAGUCAGCAAAAGUGUUAAUUGCGCGAAUAAAUUUAAAGAAAUCCGAAGAAGUAAGAAAAUAACUCUUAAAGGAAGUAACUAGUUCAGCGCAAGAUCUACAGGAUUGUGAUUUUAAUGAGAAGUACAACAUACUGAAAACUGAAAAUUUACUAUUGAAGCAACUAGUCGAAGAACUGGGAGAAAAAAAUAAUUUGUCGAAGGCAAAACUAGUAACUAAACAGUAUGGUAGUGUAUUGCCUAGAGCAUCCUAUGCUGAAGUGAUAAACCAGCCAAAACCGCUCCGUAAAAAGUGCCAAAAAUAACAGUAAAUAACAUGGGCAAUGAGACUAUAGAUAUGAAAAAGAAGGUUAUAGAGUGCUUAACGCCAGAAAAAAGAUACAAACUAAAAAUAUGUAUUAUAACAAAAAAGAAGAACUAGUCAUUAACUGUGUAAAUAGUGAUAGUGUUGAACUAACUGAAACUGUAUUAAAGGAAAACCUAGAAGGAGUUUGUGAGGUUAGGAAAGAAGAACUCAUAAUUCUUAAAACUAAAACAGUUGGUUUUGACAACUAUAUGAAUUGGAGUCAAGUUGAGAUAGAGAGUAAUAUAAACUCGAGGAAUUUCAGCAAUUUCUCAAAUAAAGGCCUAGCCCUGCAUAUUUACAAAAGAUUUACAAGUCAUAAGACCAGUGACUGCACAAACAAUAUAAUAAAGUGCCUAAAUUGUGAAUAUUCAAAUGUUAACUUAGCUACAACACCACAUUUGACAUUAAACAUGUUGCUAGUGAUCACAACCUAUGCAACAUAUUCAAGAAGAAAAGAAGCUUAUACAUAGAAAGAAUCAACUAACAGACGAAACCUAACUUACCAUCUGUGAUCCCAGGUUACUAUACAAGGAUGGUAACUUAUCAACAACUUCAACAGGAUCAAGGUCCAACGGAAAUCGAUAUAAUCAAGAUAAAUCAAGAUCGAAUCGAAGCUGGAACAACUCAACAACAAGGUCGACGGAAUUCUGCAACGAGACAACAGCCGUUCUCUACGCAAAUACAAUCAAACCAGAAAGGAUCAAGACUGAGAAGCGAUUUUUCAUAUUGCAAUAUACGUUAUAGCAGGCAAAUUUCCAUAUUAGUCAAAGAGCAAUGAUUACUACUACUAUUGAACCAGCAUCGUCAAAAGAUUCUUCCUCUUUGAGCAGCAGUGAUUUAGUUUCACGAUUUUUAGCAGCUACACCGUCAUAUUUAUACGAUGUUCCACCAAUUCAUCAAAACUUUUUUUUUAGUGAAAUGUUACGCUCAUACCUACCGCUUCAUAAUGAUGCAGUUUUGUCAAAUAAUAGUCAAGUUCGACGACGUAAAAGAUCUUGGAGAGACUCACGAGAUCUACCUUUAGAAUUAACAACAAAUCAAAAAAAUCAUUCUCAACAUCAUUCAGCAACUCAAACUGCUACUUUUCAAUAUCAUCAUCACCAGCAAAGCACUCAAGUACAGCAAUAUCCACUAUCAUUGCAAAAUCAUGAACAAUCAUUUGAUCAACAGUCACAAAAAUCGAUCGUGGGAACACAAACUAGGAUAGAUAAUAUUCAUAUAUCGGAUAAUCAAACAGGUGCUGAUGUCAAAAAACAAGAAAUAAGUGAUAUAAUAGGAAUUGAAGAAAGAGAAAUCAAACAAAAAAAUAAGUCUAUGAAAACAUAUUAUUUAGAAAGGUUACCUUUGAACUCGUCAACAGAACCUUUAAUUACAUCUGAUAUAGCUAAUGUAAAAAUAGAUAAAUUUCCAAGUAUUAGUACUAAAGCUUAUUACACAGACCAAAGUUUGUUACAAUGUAGUUCAAAGUCGUUAGAUGACAAUAUAGUUUUGUAUUCCAAAAAUAAGUCGGAAACAAAAACAAAUUUUUUUUCAAAAAUUGCAAAUUUAAGUGAUAAUAGUUAUCCGAUAUCUAAUUUCAGGUUACCAAGAAGUACAUCAUCUGAUUUUACACUUAAUAAAUUGUGGUAUCCACAACAUUCACCAUCUCAAACUCAUCAAACUGUCGAUCCUCUUCAUUUUUUCAUAGACUUUCGCGUAUCAGGACACAUAUGGGAUAGAAACACUGGUGAAAAAAAUAUUUUUCCUAGAACCAAGCACAAUUCUGCAUUUAAUGUACCGCAACCAAAAGAAUAUAAUAGACCAUUGAACUUAACCAGAAAUGAAUCAAUCAAAAUGGAAUCUCUUAACAAGAGCGCAAAUGGAACUCACCACAUAUUCAAAAAUAUUAAACAAACAUACCAAAGAAUUUGGGUCACAGAAAAUCUUAGGAAUGGUACAUCGAAUGAAAAUCCAAAUGACGCCAUACCGUUACAAAAAGAAAAUUUUCAGGAGUCACAAUUUAAUUUUCGUUAAAAUAGAAAAUUGCUUGAAGAAAAGUGUGACGAAAUUCAUCACAUAAGAAUCUGAUUUAUGUACAAUGAACCUUACAAAAAUCUAUCAAAAGUACUGCGCAUAUAUUUCGCAAAAGUCUAAGGAAUAAUACAACUUACGACAUUAAUACCGCAUAAAUAUAUUCUUUAUAUUUAAUUAGGUGAAUUUAUUGCACGAUUUGUAAAUUAUAAUUCAAUUAUAUUGGUCAUAACCAGCUAUUGGAAUUAAUAUUAAAAAGGCAGUUUACAUUUUA